AUGGAGGACCUCAGCGACGAGCAGAAGCAGCGCAUGGAAGAAAGCCGGCAGAAAGCACUCGCAAAAAGAAAAGCCGCUCAAACUGCAAACCUCAUCAGAAACACUGUUUUCGUGGAAAAUAAACCGGCUGGGUCUCGAGCCGGGGAAGGUUUCUUCGAGCCUGAUGCGCCUGCACCUGUGAAGAAGUUAUACCAGCCCCCGGAACACGAAGUGGAAUGCGUCGAAUGUGAGAGGCCAUUCCUGGAAUCCGUGGGACGACAGAAGUUCUCCCUUGAUCUAUGUGAUGAAUGCAGGAAAUCUCUGGAUAAAUAUCGCUUGGUGCCGCGAACUGAAGCAAAGACAUUAUUCAAGCUUAAGGACUGCGACCUGGACAUGCGACCGCCACCUUUGAAGUGCUUAGAAAAACCGAAUCCACAUAGGGAACACGGAGCUGCAAUGAAAUUAUACCUGUUCUGCCAGCUGGAAGAACGCGCGAAAGAAGUCUGGGGAAGCCUUGAUGCAUUGGAGAAGGAAAAGAACAAAAGGAAGACGGAUGCGAAGAAAAGGAAAAAGGCGGCUUUCACAAAUAAAAUAUCCGAGUUACGUCGAGAGCUCCGGGCGCAAGCCUAUCAGCUUCCCGCUAAUCACGAGCACACCUACGGAGAUGAGAAGAAAAGUGACGACAACGAGGACGAGUACUUCAAAGAAUGCACCUCUUGUGGAUAUCGAUUAGUGUUCGAAAAGUUGUGAUACUUCCAGACGAGAGCCGAGGAAAAAUACUGUAAAUUUCGCGAGGCACCCUCCAGGAGCACGUGAAGCAUGUCCGUCAUCUGUGAAUUCAUAUCAUUCAUUCGGGAGAACACUAACGAUCUGACGGAUCGUAAGGUUCUCAUCUCAGCCCGCGCAUGACUCACGAAGCACGUCUCUUCGAUGUCCUUAUUAAACUUGCAUGGAGUAGAUGACGAGAGCUCACAUUUUUAAAAAACGAAAUAAAGUUCAGUGAGUGACUUGGUCAUCUUUUUAGCUUUU